UAUUAUUAUAAUUGUUAUUGUCUGACGAGCUCGCGAUCCGUAUAAAUAGCACAGCCAAUGCACCUGUAGGGCAUCAGUCUUCAUCCGUCCAGUCGACCUAUCGUAUUAUACCAUUAUCAUCGACAGCGAUAAACUCAAAAUCAAAAUGAGCAUCAAAAUGUCUCUGUUCGCCAUCGUCGCCUGCUGCCUGGUCGCCACUUCCGUCGCCGCCCCGUCCGGCUUGGCUCCCGCGCCACUAGUGGCCGCCGCACCGGUCGUGGCCGCCCCCGUCCAACCUGUGGUCACCGCAUACAGUUCGCAGUACGUGGCCAGGAACUACAACGGCAUCGCAGUCGCACCCGCCGUCGUCCCGUCCGCGGCCGUCGUCGGAUACCCAGCGCCCGCACCCAUCUACGCACCCGCCGCAUACGCCUACCCGAGUCCGCUGGUCCAAGACUACUUGUUCUAAACUUCCAGCGACGGUCGAAGUCCCUUCGUCACUAUCUUCACUAUCGUUCUUCAUCUCGCACUCGUCUAUACCUGACCUUACGUCAUAUUUUUAUACAUUAUCUAUUGUGACAACAAUGUUUGUGUGAUUAAUAUACUGUCAUGUUUGUUUUUACGACUACUGUACGAUUUUUAAAAUAUAAAUAAACCGAAAAACGUUUACUCUUCACAAA